ACACUGGCUUAACCUGUUAUACCACAGUGCUGCUACAUUCCCUUUCUACUUAAAAAAAAAUUAAUUGGGCACACUUAAUCUUCCAUGUCCAAAAUUUAGGCUUUAAUGUAUUUUAUUUUGACAUUACUGGGUUUUUCUUUGUAUCUGCUUUCCUAAGCUAUGGAGAGGAAGAGAGACAGAAUUAUUGUAUCUGCUAAAUGGGAAAAAAUGAGCUUGAGAAAAGAUACAUAGUAGAGUAGCAACAAACUUAUGCCUGGACAAUUUAAUCUCUAGCCAUGGUUGAUCAUAAUUGCCACUCUGGCCCUCUCCUCCCACUGCACAUGUAUUUAUCUGCUUGUGGAAAUAUUGAGCAGUAAGAUCUAGAAGUGUAUCAUUGCUGUUGAGCAGCAAGCAGCAUACCAUACUGUAUUUGGCAGGAGACAGGACUUAUGAAAUGAGAAGAUUAAAAUAUGCAAGCUGAUUUAUAAUUAGCAUAUAAAUCUGCACUUUAAAUAAGUACUACCUACAAUAGCAAGAACUUUAGGAAGCUUUCACAGAAGAGGCAGGCCAUGGGCUAUGCCAUAAUAUUAAGAUAGGCAUGGGGGCCUUGGGAGGCAUUAUGGGCAUUGAAUGAAAUGAGAAUAUUCGCCUGGCAUUUAUCGGGAAAUAUAGUCCAGAUACAAAUGGUAGUGAUGGUGCUUGUUGGAAUUAGUGAGAGAGGAUAUGCACAUGGAAGAAAAGGAAGAAACCCAAAAUAACUCAUAAGUUUUGAGUCUGUAGGAUCAGAAGAGGUGGUAUGGGAAUUGGUGCCACCUUAGAUGAAUUUGAAAUGUGAGAACACAUGUACAUGAGAACUAAGGGUACAAGUGGGUAAAACAAGUGUGAUCUGAGAUGAGUCGCAAACAGCAGAUCAUUUGGGUCUGUCAGUGUACAUCAUACUUUCCUUUGAGAGAAGAUAAAUGGUUUUCAAUGAAAGGCAGAGAGAGAAGACAGAAAUUGUUGUCCUUGAAAGAGUAUCUGGUUUAGGUCAAUACCAUAACGUUUCCUGGUCUGCCUCAUGCUACAAAAGGUAGAAAGACAAUGAAACUGUGCCAUUGAAUCCAGACAGGUUUUUCUGGCCUUCUGCUUUGGAGAACCAAAACUAAAUCUAUACCUCUGUGGAGAAAAGGGCUUCUGCAACAUCCUAUAGCAUUAUUAAAAUGAAACAAGGACAUAGAUAAGCAGCUGUCAUUUGCUCUCACUCAUCUCCAAAUCACCAUGGUCCCUACAGUUUCACAGCUUAGAUGUUCCAUGAAACUACCGUAAAUAUUUUUGCUGAUAUGAAAAUUCUCUUCUGGAAAUGGCCAGCUAUUAGAAGUAACCUGUCUCUUAAACUAAUCAGUAGGUUCUUUGUCCUUAAAACGAAAUUUUUAUUUCAAUUUAGAAUGCCUUCUGAAAGGUCACUGGAAGUGGCUUUUGCUUACCUAUCUUCCUGCCAGAAGCCAUGUCUUUAGGCAUGCUGUGAUGCACAUCGUGCUGCUAACUGCAUUUUGCUAGACGCUGCUUUGUGAAGUCUUGCCCAGCCUCCUACAGUGCCAGUUCCACGUUCCCACAGAACUCAUUACUUAUCCGAAUUCUUGAAUGUUUUGCUGUAAAAAAAAUUAGCAUUAAGAACUUUGCCUCAGUGUCACUGCAGUUGUCUUGCAAAAAGUUUCAUAUGCCCUUACUUGUAUUUAGGCGAUUCAGACAUAUGUGAAGUUUGAUUCUGGGUGGCAGCUGCUAGUCCCAGGUCACCUUAUUCAUUGCUGAGUGCAUUCAAACCCCAAAAAGUCACACCUGUGUCCUGUGCGCGGGUGCUGCAGGCUUAGGUGGAGAAAAGCAGGGCUAGAAUUGGAACCCAAAGCCCAGAAUGGCAGGAGAGGAUGUGGGGGCUCCACCCGAUCACCUCUGGGUUCACCAAGAGGGUAUCUACCGCGACGAAUACCAGCGCACGUGGGUGGCCGUCGUGGAAGAGGAGACGAGUUUCCUAAGGGCACGAGUCCAGCAAAUUCAGGUUCCCUUAGGUGACGCAGCUAGACCAAGUCACCUUCUUACCUCGCAGCUGCCUCUCAUGUGGCAACUCUACCCAGAGGAGCGCUACAUGGACAACAACUCUCGCUUAUGGCAGAUACAGCAUCAUUUGAUGGUCAGGGGAGUACGGGAGCUGUUGCUUAAGCUUUUGCCUGAUGAUUAACGUGGUGCUGGAAUUCUAGGAAGAUAUGCUCCUUUGUUCUGUUCAGUAUAUGGCAAUCACUUCAUCUACCACUGCAGUGCCUGAGCCUGGUGGGAGGGAGUGGGUUGAAA